UCCCUCACCCAAUAUAUGACCAAAACUACCCUGUUUCCGACACCUCUUCCUUCUUCCAUUCCCAAACCCUCUCUUUCUGUUUCGCUUUCAACAGAGACUUCACUUUCCCAACAUCACCUGAGAAAAGGAUACCCUUCACACGCACGCCCUCUGUUUCUCUCUUUCUCUCUUUCUCUUCCUCUUCUGGUUCGGGACGCAGGACAACCCGACAACAACUACUGCAACUACUACAACAUGAUUAACUUCGAAGAAACCGAGUUGCGACUCGGCCUCCCUGGUGCCUCUGCAACUGAUCAUGGCGAGUUAACACUGAAGGGCAGUGGUGGCAAGAGAGGCUUCUCUGAAACUGCUUCUGUUGAUUUGAAGCUCAAUCUUUCUUCCAAUAACGACUCUGCCUCUGUUUCACCGGCUGCAGAGAACCCCAAAGAGAAAACUACCACAGUUGAACCUCCUCCUCGGGCUAACGACCCAGCAAAACCACCUGCAAAGACACAAGUGGUGGGUUGGCCACCAGUGAGAUCUUUUAGGAAGAACAUAGUGAAUGUUCAUAAUCAAAGGAACGAAGGAGGAGGAGCAGCAGCUUUUGUGAAGGUGAGUAUGGAUGGUGCACCGUAUCUACGGAAGGUGGACAUACGGUUGUACAAGAGCUACCAAGAGCUGUCAGAAGCUCUGGCGAAGAUGUUCAGUUCCUUUACCAUUCAGAAAUGUGGGUCCCAAGGGAGCAAGGACUUUAUCAAUGAGACCAAAUUAAUAGACCUUUUGAAUGGCUCUGAUUAUGUACCCACAUAUGAAGACAAGGACGGAGACUGGAUGCUCGUCGGUGAUGUUCCCUGGGAAAUGUUCGUUCAAUCAUGCAAGCGCCUCCGCAUAAUGAAGGGUUCUGAGGCAAUUGGCCUUGCGCCAAGAGCCGUGGAGAAGUGCAAGAGCAGAAGCUGAAGUGGUUUCAGGGAUCAGCAACAUUGGCCUCAGUCAUAACGCACAGGGAACCGAAUUGACUCCGACAAGAUUGAGUCUAAUAUAGGGAUAAUAAGAGUUUUAUUGUUGUUAUUAUUAUGUGCUUUGUCAGCUUUUUGAAUUAUCUUAUAUGUGUAUUAUAUGCAUGAGAAAAAUAGUUGGAAAUUGGAUAGGGAGAAGAAAUAAUAUAGAUGUUUAUAUGAUAUCCCAAUUUUGUUAAAAAAAUGUGACUUUAAUGGUUGUUGGCAGCUUGCCUAUUAUGAUGAUGUGAAUGUUUGCAGUUUAUGUUAA